CCCAAAUGGAUGAAGCCCAUUACAGAAGCCUAAAUUAAUCUUAUCUGAACAGCCCAUUUCAGAAGCCUCUUACCUGUUCGAUGAAAUGCCUCAAAGAGAGUAAAUUAUCCAAGUUCUUGAUCAAUCAACAUUCUUGGUUAAUGGGAAUCUUCAAUUUGGUGUUAUAGUUCAGUAUAAAGAUUGAAAAUGGAGAAAAUAAUGGUGUUGCAGUGUAAUUCAUCUUCUCCAUUUACGCAGCUAUGGCCAACUACAGUUACAGCUACGGCUUAUACCUGCAGUUUUAGCUGCUCUAAUGUUGUUUCUUUCAGAUUUCCAAGAAGAAUUAACAUGGGUUUUCGUUCUUUUCAACAAAUUUCUAGAAGGAAUAGUUUAGUUAACUUAAGUAAAGCUAAUUUUUGGGAAGAUCCUGAUGAUGGUAGUGAUAGUGAAGAAGAAGAGGAGAGUGAAAUGGAAGAAGAAGAAGAAGAAGAGGAGGAGGAAGAUAUCGAUGUUGAGAGUAGCUUUGAAUAUGGAGAAAAUAAAGCUAUGGCCAAUUUUACAAAUGGUUUUUCUAACAGGGAAGAUGAGUUUGUGAAAGAGGUUGAACAGCUUUUGAGCCCAGAGGAAAGGGAAAUUUUGUAUCGCAAUCAAACUCUAGAGCUGGAUAAGAUAUCAACUGAAAAAUGGAACCCUCUUCACACUUUUGCACUAGCAGGGCAGAUACGGUUUAUGGAUAGACUUCUAGAGGAGGGUCUUGAUAUUGAUGCCGUUGACAAGGAAGGGCAAACAGCUCUUCACCACGCCGUUUUUGGUAAAAAAGAAGCUGUGAUCAGUCAUCUUCUAAGAAAAGGUGCAAAUCCUCAAGUUAGGGAUAUGGAUGGUGCCACCCCUCUACAUUAUGCAGUUCAAGUAGGAGCCUUGCAAACGGUUAAAAUGUUAAUCAAAUACAAGGUUGACGUGAAUGUUGCUGAUAAUGUUGGUUGGACGCCACUGCACGUGGCCAUGCAAAGCAGAAACAGAGACAUAGCAAAAGUUCUUCUUGUCAAUGGAGCAGAUAAGUACAGAAAGAAUAAGGAUGGCAAGACACCCCUUGAUAUUAGCCUUUGUUAUGGCAAAGAUUUCAAGUCCUAUGAUCUGGCUAAGUUACUGAAGCUUGUUCCUGCUAAUAGAGAGCUGUGAUUGGCUUCUACAAUCAAUUAUAGUCGAAGAGGAAGUCAGUUCUUAAACGUGUUGAGACGGAUACAUAGAAGCACAAUUCAGAUCAACUUUUGGACCUGGAAUCACUAAAAUUGUAAAAUAUUUGGGCAGUUGUGUAGUCAGUCUUGCAACUGAUUUGUAAAAAUAAAACAGAACCUGUUUACUUAU